CACCGCUGCCUGGCCCGGACUGAGCGGCAAACUCAGCGCGCAUAGUUUGGGUGAGCCGCUGAAAGCACACGCUGUGGUUGUGGGUGAAAGGCUGGCGGAGCCGACGGGAGCCUCCGUGGGGUUUUCAACGAGCAAGCGCUACAAUGCGUGCCUCGUAAGGAACGGCGAGCACCUGAGCUUCGGAAGCCCUAGCAUGGGACAGCUAUGUUGUCCAGGAAAGGACUCAUUCCCGAGGACUUUGUGGUGACCCGUCUGGCCGAGGAUGUCCUGCAGCCCAAAUACAAGACGAAGCAGCGCAAGGCGCGCUUCGUGGCCAAAAACGGCACGUGUAACGUGGCGCACACGAACAUCCGCGAGCAGGGCCGCUUCCUGCAGGACGUCUUCACCACGCUAGUGGACCUCAAGUGGCUGCACACACUCUUCAUCUUCACCAUGUCGUUCCUGUGCAGCUGGCUGCUGUUCGCCAUGAUCUGGUGGCUCAUCGCGUUCGCGCACGGAGACCUGGACGCGGGGCGCGCGGACGCAGUGCCGUGCGUCACCGACAUCCACUCGUUCUCCUCGGCCUUCCUCUUCUCCAUCGAGGUGCAGGUGACCAUCGGCUUCGGCGGCCGCAUGAUCACGGAGGAGUGCGCAUCGGCCGUGCUCGCGCUCAUCGUGCAGAACAUCGUGGGCCUGGUCAUUAACGCCAUCAUGCUGGGCUGCAUCUUCAUGAAGACGGCGCAGGCCAACCGGCGCGCGGAGACGCUCAUCUUCAGCAAGCACGCGGUGGUGUCGGCGCGCAACGGCCGCCUGUGCUUCAUGUUCCGCCUGGGCGACCUGCGCAAGAGCAUGAUCAUCAGCGCCACGGUGCGCAUGCAGCUCGUGCGUCGCGGCGCCACGGACGAGGGCGAGGUGCUGCCGCUCGAGCAGAUCGACAUCCAGACGGACAAUCCGGUGGGCACGAACGCCAUCUUCCUCGUGUCGCCGCUUAUCAUCAGUCACGUGAUCGACCGCAACAGCCCGCUGUACGACGUGAGCGCCGCCGACCUGCAGCGCCAGGACCUAGAGGUGAUCGUGGUGCUGGAGGGCGUGGUGGAGACCACCGGCAUCACCACGCAAGCACGAACGUCCUACGUCUGCGACGAGGUCUUGUGGGGGCAGCGCUUCGUGCCCAUCGUGUCCGAGGAGGAGGGCAUGUACGCCGUGGACUACUCCAAAUUCGGCAACACCGUUAAGAUCCCGACGCCCAGCUGCAGCGCCAAACAGCUGGACGAGGAGGGAGGACUGUCCAGAUUCAGGCUCAGAGAGUCCGCCGCUGCCCGGUGCUCAGUGAGGAGGAGAAUCAAAAAGCAGCAGAGCACCAGCAAAGAGGAGUGAGCUCGUAUUUUGGAAAGGAAACGGGCGUGCGCGCUUGUGUUCGUGGGCCAAUGGAUGGGCUCGAGAGAGAGAUUUUUUCAAGAAAUUGUUGAGUGGGGGGUGGGUACGGUACUUUUUGUACUUGCUUCCCAUUCUCAAUCCCAAAUGCUUAACCUGGUGGUCUCCAAUCCUGCUCCUGGACAUCUGAAUCUAACAUGCAGCCUUCCCCUGUACCUACACUAAUGCAUCUCAUGCAGUCAAUCAGGAACUUCUGAAGAAGUUCAUUAUAGGGGGGGGGUCAGGUGUGACAGACUCUCCAGGAGCGGGGCUGGUGACCACUGCCUUAACCCAUUAUUGUGCAUAUCUGAAAUGUUCCCUUGGUCCAGGGGUUCUCUUACAUCAUCUAAGAGAAAAGUUUCACACUGAUCACACUAUUUGGGUCAAAAGUGAGCUUUUAUAUCUUCAUUUAUGGUGUAAAUGUUAGUUUUGUGGUCACUUAGUGAUUUUUUUUUAACAAUAGGGAAUCCAAAUUUGUGAACAAAAUGUAAAAUUACAUGCAAUAAAAGUAUAAAAUGGGCACUAUAAGAUGUUCAUGCAGGGUAAAACUACAAAAUUUCAUCACUUCAGUCCAGUUUUUAUUCUGGUCAUACUAAAUGUACUUGUUGAGCCAACAUAUUAAUGUGUGCUGUACUGUGUAGACCAGAGCUGUGAGAAGUGACAAAAUAUGCAGAUAUUUGCAAGCUAAUAUAAAUGAGGGGUUUUUAUGCAGUUCUAGAGUGGAUACUGGGGUAUUUUGUACUUGUGGUCCCUCUUUAUCCAUUGCAGGCAUCAGAAAUAUUAUUACUGUACUAUAAACAUUGAACAAAGAAAGUACAGAAACUGACAUUUACAUAUACAAAUAAUAUAUGCAAUUGUUUGUAGACUAAUGUAGAUGGAAUGAAAGCAGAUAUAUUUUCUAGACCUAGACGUGUAGUAUUUUGUAUUGCUUCCUCUUUUUAAUCGAUCCAUCCUCUUUAAAAAUGUUAUUAAAGCCACUGCUACACAGGACAUGGUAAGGACACUUAUUGGAGAUUUAAGAUCGAUCCAGUUCUUUGAAGGCCGAGAUUAUUUAAUGCAGGAUCGGAGUAGAUAUGAGUGUAUUUUGUAUAUAUAAAUCCCCACUUUUUAAUGGCUUUAAAAAAAAUUACGGCACCAUUACACAAAAGUGCUUUGCUGUCAAAACGGUAACUUGUGUCUUUAAGUGGAUAAGAGAUUUCAUAUUUACUCCCCCUUUUCAGAAGAACCAAGACAUCAAAAUAUUAUUAAUGCACCAUUCCUAGACACAGAGCCAUGGAAUUGACCUUUAUAUAAUCAGAUAAUAUAGAUGUUUGUAGCCUGAUUUAAAUGGGGUCAAGGCUACAGGCCUAGACAGGGUUCUCACAUUUUGCUGACCAGGAACAAGUUUUCUUGCUGUUCAUAAAGGUCAUCAACUGUACAAUGGCAAGAGGAACGAUGAAAUAUAAUAUGCAUCAGAGACUGCAGCAGGUCAGUGAAAAGCUAUUUUCUGGCCUGUUCCUUGAAAGCACAUUUAGAAUACUGGCAUUGGGAAUCUUUUCCAGGUUUUUCAAAAUGAGUGCAUUUACAUGUCACUUUUCCAGACCUGCACUAGAACUCUGCCUAGCAUGGAUAUGGAAAUAUUUUGUAUUUGCUUCCCCUCAUUAAUCCAUCCCAAACUUUAUAUUAUUCAUGCACUACUAGUUAGAGCUAUGCUGUCAAAUAUUUGUCUCUAUAUAUUACAGAAUGCUAUUUUUCUCAGGGUACUGGAUAUUUGAAUGCACAUCUUGGUUUGCUGUAGUUAAAUGCUGAAUGUAUGCCUCCUUGUGGUACACAGGCCUUGACUUACAAAUAAACUAGAUUGUUUCUAUGGGC